UCGUCCCCGUCGAACCCCCCUCACCGACGAUGGCCAGGAGGAUAAGACCUCCACCGAGCCACCCCCUCCUAGAUAUUUUCUUCCCCCGCCUCCGCCCACUUCCACAUGCCCCAGAUCCACUUCCCCUCCUCUCCCUCGCCCGCUCCCUUCUCCUCCCGCGCGCCCUGACCGGUCCUGUGGUCGCCGGCGUGCACCACCGCGCCGAGCGCCGCCUCCACUCCCCUUCGAUGUGCCCACGACCCGCGCCACCGUCGUCCACGUCGCGUGCGCUACCGGAUCGCAGCCGAAGAGGAACACCACCGCCGCCUGCGUCUUCGUCCCCAAUUACGGCAGUCGCGUCCUCGCCGUCGAUCCGCGUCAUCUCGUCCACCCCGGCCCCGUACGAGCUCGCCACCGACCUCCCCUUGAUGGUGGAUCCCUGGAGCCAGAUGCCACCGCCGAUGGAUGCUGCUACCCUAACAUAUCUGAGCAGUGAUAAUUUCCUGGUUAGGUGA